GCCGCCUGCGGUCCUCCGUCGGUUCUCUCGUUAGUCUGAGGUUGCCCCUUCAGCUCCUGGCUCUCAUCUUCAAGCUUGGGACUGGCGGACGAGAGUACUUGGCAGGAAGAGGCUGGAGUCGGAGUCAUCGCUUGAGCCUUUCAUCUCAGAAAUUCAAGCUACUUGGUACAACUUGUUCUACACAGGCCGUGCAUCGUACAAGGCAUUUGCAAGUGAUGGCUGCUAUCAGGAAGAAACUGGUGAUUGUUGGUGAUGGAGCUUGUGGGAAGACAUGCUUGCUCAUAGUCUUCAGCAAGGACCAGUUCCCAGAGGUGUAUGUGCCAACGGUGUUUGAGAACUGCGUGGCAGAUAUUGAGGUGGUUGGCAAGCAGGUAGAAUUGGCUUUGUGGGACACAGCCGGGCAGGAAGACUAUGACCGCCUGAGGCCCCUCACCUACCCAGACACCGAUGUUAUACUCAUGUGUUUCUCCAUCGACAGCCCUGAUAGUUUAGAAAACAUCCCAGAAAAAUGGAUCCCAGAAGUCAAGCAUUUCUGUCCCAAUGUGCCCAUCAUCCUGGUUGGGAACAAGAAGGAUCUGCGGAAUGAUGAGCACACAAGGCGGGAGCUAGCCAAGAUGAAGCAGGAGCCGGUAAAACCUGAGGAAGGCAGAGAUAUGGCAACCAGGAUUGGUGCUUUUGGGUACAUGGAGUGUUCAGCAAAGACCAAAGAUGGAGUGAGGGAGGUUUUUGAAAUGGCUACAAGAGCUGCUCUGCAAGCCAGACGUGGGAAGAAAAAAUCUGGGUGCCUUGUCUUGUGAAACCUUGCUGUAAGCACAGCCCUUAAGCGGUUAAUUUUGAAGUGCUGUUUAUUAAUCUUAGUGUAUGAUUACUGGCCUUUUUCAUUUAUCUAUAAUUUACCUAAGAUUACAAAUCAAAAGUCAUCUUGCUACCAGUAUUUAGAAGCCAACCAUGAUUAUUAAUGACAUCCAACUCGUCUGGCCCACUAGGGUCCUUCUGACACUGCUCUAACACCCAUCUCCUGCACUCCCACCUGACACACCAGGCGCUAAUUCAAGGAAUUUCUUAAUAACUUCUUGCUUCUUUCUAGAAAGAGAAAUA